AGGGAUCUGUGCUGUGCUGAGGCUGAGCUGAAUGAGAUUGAAGAAGAGUUCUUCUUGUUUUGUAGCUUCAGUUUCUCUGUUUUUACACAAAUUUACUAAAACUAAAUAUAAAAUACAGCAACAAAAUAAAGCUCCGCGGGAAGGAGUCAGUCGGACUGUUUAUGUGCUGUUAUUCCAUCGUGGAUCGGCUUCUUAUAGAUAUAUAUUUAAUUAAUCUAGAGGAGGACUGCUGCUGAGGCAGCACAGAGGGGUGGAGUCCAGUCCCACAGCCAGGUGCGGCACUUUAAUGCUUCAGUUGGAUGGUUUUCCUACUGGAGACGGUGUUAAGGCUGAUCGAUCGGCUGGCAGACUGACUGGAUCCAUGAUGGAAUUACAGACGUUACAGGAGGCUCUGAAGGUGGAGAUCCAGAUCCAUCAGAAACUGGUUGCCCAGAUGAAGCAGGACCCUCAGAAUGCAGACCUGAAGAAGCAGCUCCACGAACUCCAAGCGAAGAUCACAGCACUCAGUGAGAAGCAGAAAAAGGUGGUGGAGCAGCUGAGGAAAGAGCUGUUGGUGAAGCAGGAACCGGAGGCAAAACUGCAGCUGCACGUCCAAACUCCUCCAGUAGGUGGCGAUAUCAAGCCAGGCAACCUGCUGCAAAGCCAGCAGAUAAGUGGAGGACUGCAGCAGCAGACCCUGACAGUCACACCGGUCCUCACCACGAAGACUCUACCUCUGGUGCUGAAAGCUGCCGCCACGCCUGCCCUGCCCGGCUCUGUCCUGCCACAACGCCCGCCCACUGUCGCAAUGGUGACCACAGCUAUCACCAAACCUGACUCCCAGAACACCCCCAUCAACCUGCAGGUGGCCAGCAAGCUGACCAAUCAGAGCUCAGAGCCCGUACGACUGGUGUCCAAGAACGCCAUGGUGGUGCAGGCCACCACCACCACCACCGCCCAGCCAAUCAAAGUUCCUCAGUUUGUCCCUCCUCCUAGACUGACGCCUCGACCCACCUUUCAGCCACAGGUCAGGCCAAAACCGGCCACACCCACCAACGUGCCCAUCGCUCCGGCCCCUCCCCCGCCCAUGAUGGCAGCCCCUCAGCUGCUCCAGCGGCCCGUCAUGUUGGCCACCAAGCUGUCGACGUCGCUGCCCUCAGCGGCUCCCAUUCACCAGGUCCGCAUCGUUAACGGGCAGCCCUGCAGUAAGACCGGCUCCACCCCGCUGACGGGCAUCGUCAUCACCACGCCUGUCUCUGCCACCCCCACCCGCCUCGCCAGCCCCGCCCAAGCACCCAACCCCACUCCUGUUCCCACCCCGACUCCUGCCCAGCCAAUCCAGAUCAGCAGCCUGACCACUGAGCCCAAGCAGACUGUUAAAUCGGGAGGUGGAGCGGAGCAAAAGGCCGUCGUCAGCCUUCCCUCUUCCUCCACUCCUCCGCUGUCUCCUCCUCCCAGACCCAAGAAAGAGGAGAACCCAGAGAAACUGGCCUUCAUGGUGUCCUUGGGCCUCGUAACGCAUGACCACUUGGAGGAAAUUCAGAGCAAAAGACAGGAGAGGAAGAGGAGAACGACAGCCAACCCGGUGUACAGCGGCGCCGUGUUUGAACCUGAGAGGAAAAAGAGUGCAGUGAGUUACCUGAACAGCCCUCUGCACCAGGGGACCAGGAAGAGAGGUCGCCCACCCAAAUACAGCAGCGUCCCGGAGCUGGGCAGCCUCACCCCGAACUCCCCCUCCAGCCCCGUCCAUCCCCUCCCCCUGCCCAGCCCCAGCUCUGGGGAUGGAGACAUCCAUGAGGAUUUCUGCACUGUGUGCAGACGCAGUGGCCAGUUGCUCAUGUGCGACACGUGUUCUCGUGUUUAUCACCUGGACUGCCUGGAUCCACCCCUGAAAACCAUUCCUAAAGGCAUGUGGAUCUGUCCAAAAUGUCAAGAUCAGAUCCUGAAAAAAGAAGAAGCCAUUCCCUGGCCUGGUACUCUGGCUAUUGUUCAUUCCUACAUCGCUUACAAAGAAGCUAAAGAAGAGGAGAAACAGAAGCUGAUGAAAUGGAGUUCUGAGCUGAAACUGGAGCGCGAGCAGCUGGAACAGAGAGUCAAACAACUCAGCAACUCCAUAACGAAAUGCAUGGAGACCAAAAACACCAUUCUUGCUCGUCAAAAAGAGAUGCAGCUUUCCCUGGAAAAAGUCAAACACCUGAUUCGCCUCAUCCAAGCCUUCAAUUUCAACCAAGCUCUGGCAGAGACAGAGGGUAAGGUCGCCAGUGCCAGAGUACAGGACAGUGCUGAAGGGCCAGCCAGCUCUGAAGCUGCACCAGAAGCCAACUCUGUGGAGAAAGUGAAGGCUGGAAGCUCCUCAGCCAGCAGCAACACUGAUGGAAACGACAAACCAGAGGAGCACAGAGCCGCAGGGAACAACCAGACAACAGGAGCAUCGGGAGGAGGCACCGACAGCCAGGCUGUCCCAGAAGACAGCGCUGUCAUAGCAGCAGAUAACAGCCCCGGUUUAGGGGCAGGGGGUACAGCAGAGCCUGGUGUUGGGGCCGUGGCAGGGGGAGGAGGUGACACAGGGACUGGUGUCCAAGCUGAGGUUGUGGCCAAACCCGAGUCUGAGGCAGCUCUGGUGGUUGACAUUCCUGCUUCCUCAGUGGUCGCGACUGUUGCCACCACCAACGGUACAACUGAGCCGGCCUGUCCUGAUCACAGCCCCGCAGGAAGCUGCACCGCCAAUGCCACCACCAACUCUGAGAACAAGAUGACUGCCGUCAACCCUGCAGAGACAGCAGUGGAGAAGAAACAGGAAGAGAUCACUGACAGUGAUGGCAGCAACAACAACAACAACAACAGCAAAACCUCAGAACCCUCCCAGCAUUCUUUGCCAGCUCUUGUCAGCAGUUUGGACAAUAAAAAGUAAUGCUAUGUCUCUUGAGUUGCGGGAAUUCAAACAUAUAUAUUAAAAAAAAAAAGACUUUUGCUUGCACCAGACGGUGCCCUGAAGUUGCCAAUCUGUAUAAAUGUUGUUUGUUUGCAUUGUAUUGUCAGACUGUGUCAAUGGUAGAUAUACAGCCCAAGUCACAUGGCUCUGGGAAGAAGUAGGCUGUUCCACCCACGGAGCUUGGCUACUGGAAGGCUUACGUACCAGUGUCAUCAUGCCAAUUAGUGAUAGACGUCAGUGGUGGGAAUGCUCAAAGGGAGAUUUAAUUCAUCAUCACACCAGUGUGUGCCUGUUAUAGUGGCCAGUGUGUUCUCUUGUGGGGUGGGGAGAUGGGUUCGCAUGGGUGCAGCGAAAACUGAGAACAUAAAACCAAACAUCUGUCAGGGGUUGCUGGUCUAAAAAGCAGUGUUGUGAUAGCGUAAAAAGAACAGGGAACCUGCUUGUCCCCUUGUCUCAACAAUCUAAAUGUGACCUAAACCUUACCCAAUAAUUCUUACUUUUCUCAUUUAACUAACCCCUAUCCCCUGCUCCCGCUGGUCUUCUUGGUUCCUUAUUUCCCUUACUUCCCCAUUAACCAACAACUUAGACCAUCUUCAUUCAACAAAAAACUGUAAUCUUCCCUAUCCUUCCCCAGUCCACCAGCAAUCUAAUGUGGUGUUGGAAAGGUUCAAUAUACUUCAAACGAACCAUUUAAUUCUACAGUUACGAACAAACACAUUUAAUGGCAGAAGUGUUCAUAGCUGUUCACAGCUACACUUGAAGAGUGAAUGAAAAGCUGUUUGUUAAGGAAAAUGGGACAACAGCACAGACUUUACUGCAGUAAAGACUUUUGUGCAAAAAACAAGUGAGAAAGAGCUGGAACUUUCUCACAGUAGCUCACCUGACCAGGUGCCAUGUUAGGUGGGUGUGAUUGUUGGUUUCUGAUGACAGAAGUUUGAAGUUGUGCCUAGAGGCACUAUCAAACAUCCAACAAACACAUUGUUUGAAGUGUACUGACACCUUUACAUCUAACUUCCCUAACCUAGAUCCUUCGACUCUCAAACCAUGUUCAGUCAAAUAAAAACCAUAACCCUUCUGAUCAACCAAUACCAGAAACCUCUUCUGGCCGCUAUGACCAAAACUUACCCUCCCUGACAACCAACAAUCCAGUGUGACCUACCUUCUUUAUUCCAGAAGCUUUCAUUACACUUCACGUUAAGUAGUUCACCAACAAUUCAACAUAAAAUCUCUUUUAAACUCCAACAACUUAACUUGACAGCCCAUCAACCAAGAACCGAAAUUUUCCCCUAGUAACCUCCAAUUCGUAUUUACCUCGCUUCACUCUUCAGGUGAAGUAGUUUGUACAAAGUGCUGUUUGAACAUGUCUGAAGUUCACAUCCUACCUACUUAAACACCUUUGGAUGCCAAUACAAUCUUUGGUGAUUCUUAGAAAGCUUACUGAUAUUAACCUUAAACUAGCCUCCCUAACUUCUUCAUGAGCCUACAACUUAAGUUGUUUUCAAUCAACAGAAAAACAAAACCUUAUUUUUGACCAAUCACAAGUAAACUCAAAUUUUACCUUCCCAAAUCUUCAAAUAAACUAGUUCAUAUGAAGUGUCAUCGGACUACUCACACAAUAUGACGAGAUGAAAAGCCAUAGUGCAGAGUUGUGGUGAGACGUGAUUGAUCCUAGAAAUGGAGAUAAUGGAGUGCGAUUUUGGACAGCAGAGCUUCAACCCCCUUAAAAGUUUGGGGUCAUGAGUUUUCAGACAAUGUUUUCGCAGUCCGACAAGGGCUUUUUUGAAGAACUCUAGUACCUUCAGACCAACCCUCCUAACUUCCCAGUCAACCAAUGACUCACACUGUCUUUAGACAACAAGAAACUUAACCUCUCGUGUCGACCAAUAGCAGUAACCUUCCCCUAGUGACAAAAACCAACGUAUACCUUUCUCAGUCCAUCAACAGUUCAAGGUAUCGUUCCUCCUUUACCCAAAAGGGUUCAGUAUCCAUGCAUGUUCAUUAGAUGCUCUUUGACAAACCGUCAAGCACAUGCAUUGGAGGUGUACUGAUGCCUUCAGAGUAACUUCCAAAUCAGCCUUCAACUUAAAUAAACCUUGUGCAUUCAACAGCCUUCCCUUAGUGAUUACAACAUACCUGCCCCAGUCCUGCAAAACCCCAGUUUGACCUCUUUCUGGAAUCCAAGCAACCCUAAGACUCUACCUUCUCCCAACUGACCAGUGACCAAAUGUCCCUAACAAACAACAAUCCCCUUAAUUUCCCCUCACCCCAUCUCUUUCCCCACUUGUAUCCCUGAGCUCAGGCAGAAGAGACGCUGAGUGUUGUGUUCAGCAUGUCUGCAGGACGAGGUUGGACAGACGCGGUAGCAGAUGUUUUCAGUGGUGUCGGUCAAGUGUAGUGAUUGAGUUUUCAUUCGUGAGUUAAGUGUGUCAACUGUGAGCACUAAAUGUGAAAUUGCAAUAUUGCAAUGUCAACACACACAAACUAUAUCUGGGCUGUGUUUCUUUUUUAUAGGAAAAGAUAUUCAGGUCUUCCUAGUCUUCAGAAUAAGUGCUUUCUGUUCCUGAACCUGCUGAACUGGCAUUAUCAACACAAAAAGGAAUCCUCUUUUUGAAGUGGUGAUCUUUGCAUCAUGUACAUUUCUGUUGAAUCCUGAACUGCCAAAAUGAUGUUGUAUCCAAAUUCAGCAGGGACAAGUCCACUAACUGUAUUGAAAGAUCAAAUCAUUGGCGUUGUAAGAUAUAGAUGCUACCAUUUCAGAAAUUGGAAGUCCCCAGAUUGAGACAGGAGAGCUUAUUAAACAAUAACGUUAAAGGAACUUUUUUUCCUUCAAAUGGAGGGAUUUGUUGUAUGAACCUGCUCCUUCAGAUGGAUCUCAAAGGACAAUACUACAAAUCCUGAGAUUAAAGCACAAGCUUGCUGCAUUACAAAGAAGUGCUGAAGAGCUUUUUGUAUGUUAAUAUGGAAUUAAACAGAGUAUGCAUCUCUUUGUUGUGAUGUGACUUAUCCCCACAUUGCCAAUAUUUUUCUAGGAGGAAAUACAAACCUCUGUCUGACAUUUAGGCUCAAGUCUAGUUCAUAUUUUCGGGGAGGACUUGUCCUUCAUCCCCUCACAGUUAGACUAGUGCAUCUCUUUUCUUUCUGGAGCAUGUCUGGGCUGAAACGUGAUGCUGUUAUUUGUUGGCUUGGUGGCUGUCAGUUCGGGUCUGUCUUUGUCUGGUGAAAUGAUCAUGACUUCUGGCUUCUUGUUGGGUACGGGGCAUUAACGAACUCUGGUCUUUUCAUUAAUGGUGCCUCUGGUUGUGCUGGAAUGUUUUAUUUCUUUCUUUGUUUUCACAAUAUUGGAGAGUUGUUGCUUAAAUUGUAAUUGUCCAAAAACGUAUUCACCGGUGAGUAGCCCUGAAGGUUGAGUUGAAGGUGUUCAGCGUUCAGCUCUUCAGCCUGGAUGUUUCAUGUAAAAGCUUAUUUCAAAAUGCUUUUAUUUUGUCUUCUCUGAAAUUUCUCAAUUUCUGAGAUAUCAAAGGUAUCAAGAAAAUGAAUCAUACUGAUUUUUGUUGACUUCAUUUAGUGCCAUCAUCAUCAGUUUUUACCAUAACAUAGGGUUAUGACCAAAUACCUGCAAAACUAACGACAUUCCCAUCAGACUCAGCUGCACUUUGUAUUUGUGGCUAAUUAGCAAAUGUUAGCAUGCUAAGAUGCUAAACUAAGAGAACAUGAUAAACCUAAAGUUACCUGGUCUGAACAGAGCUGCUAGCAUGGCUGCAGUCUGGUGACUGAUUGGGCAGAUUUAAAUUCGAAAAUAAGACAAACUGUGCCUCAUGACACAAAUAUUUUUUAUUGAUGCAUGUCCGCACCGACCAACAGUUACAUCUUGUAAAAGUGAAAGUGUAUUUGAUCGUGGGGUGAAUACGUUGUUGGACAGCUAUAACCUAAGCUGUUUAAGUGUGUUUCUGUCAUAUCAUAUGGACUCUUGGAUCUGAAUCAACAUAUCAGAUACAACACCUAAAUUUCUGACAUUAGCUGUACAAACUGCCUUCAUUCAGAAGAUCCCAUGAAACGUAGUCAGAGAAAAUCUCUGUAACAUUUCCACAUUUGGCCACAUUGUUGUCUGAUAAAUGUGAUUUGUCUCUUAUGAAGGGAUUAGCCAUUUGAACGUGGACGGAAGACUGAAAUUCUAACAGAAAAUGGCAACUGAUAUGUCCCCACUUCCUUAUCAAUUCCAUUUGUUGUGUGUUUGUCAGCUUAACUCGGGUGGAUGUCCUUCUUUCUACACGUUAGCCUGUGUUCACUCAUGGAUCGAGCACAGUAGUCGUCCAGUCGCUUCACUCAACAAGCUUUUCUUUGAACGAGCCUGAAUUUGUGUUCCAGACAAACUGGACCUUUCCCUCUGUACAUUAGGUACCUCGAGUGCCUUUCUUCAAACAGCAGAUAAUAUUUGUCUCUUGACUUGCACUGUGACUUGUAGAACCUUACUAACCCUCCAGAUAUUCUCCCACCCAGCCUGCCCUCCCCUGGUCUGUCCCGUCCCACCAAGCUCCCUGAAACUCCGGAGCACAAACCCCUACCCUUCACCUCAGGCUGCCAGUAGUCAAUGCAAGUUGAAACUACAUUUCAUAUUAUGCCGUUUAGAUUGACCAGAUAGUGUUUUGUUGUUGUUUAUUAUAGGAGUUGCCUUAAAUGUGUUUUAUUUUCCUUUUAACGUGAUUAACUUCUACAUUAAGAAAAAAAAAUCGCUGCAGACGCUGGCGAGGCUCAGAGGUCGUUUGUUGGAAAUCUUAACGCCCAGCGGUCGUCGUGAUCAAUGAAACGCUCCAUAGAGGGAUUGUUGUUGAUGUGACAGCCAGUUGUUUUGUGAUGCACUUUUGGUUUGACCAGUAUUAUUGUCAGUGUGUGAAAAUGGGAUCCGUCAGCAGCACGAGUUGCAGUCACGAAUCUCACUGGGGAUUUGAGUUCCUAGAGGCUUGUUAGUCCUGACUGGUCCUCGGUCAGGUUUCUUUUCCUUUGACUUGUUCAUCAUUCCCUCUGUGCUGUGGUUCUUCUUCUUCUUCUUCUUCUUCUUGAGUUUUGGAGGAGAGAUGAGUUUGCUAAAUCAGGUCAUGUGAGCCAGAGCCUGUGUGCAUUUGGUAUGAACAAACUAACCUGCAUCCUGAUGGGCAGACUUAGACCCAAUUAGCAACAUCUGUCCAUUCAGUCUGGUGGCACGCAUGCCUUCUUAUGCAAAUUUUUAUACAAGAUUUGUCAAACCUUUUUUAAUAUGCAUUUGCUUAUGUUUUUUAAGUUUUUAUGUGAAACUCAAGUCACCUUUUUUUCUUUGAUCAUUCUGGCAUCCUGAUGCCAAACGUGUGCGGACUGGGUGGUAAACGGCGCGCUCGCCACCACGUUAGAACGGAAUUAACUCCUCCUGACAUCACGUUUUAUGGCUGGAGCUGCAAAGUUUUGGCUCCGAAAUUUUGAUUAUAAUUUGAUCUUGGCUAAUGCACCAUGCUGAAUGUUGGGAUCUCAGUGUGGGCCAGGGGGCGGGGUCAACCAAGUCUAAGUGUCUAAAUUGUGUCUUUGUUUUCGACUAGAGAAAAGUCCUCGGUUUCUGUUUAGUCACGCUCUCAAAAGUGAGUUUAUCCAAAGAACACACUGCAAUUGUGCAUUUGUAUUUGGAAGCCUUUUGUGUUGUCGAUGCAUAUCAUAUGAAAAUUAAUUUCCGCAUCAGCAUCGUGUGCAUUCACCAAGCUGGAAGAGGACCAUGGCGUUGGCAGCUGAGAGCUGUUCACUUUGUAUUUGAGGAAGUCUUAUAUGCAUUCAAAAUGUCCAUCUCCAGUUCCCUCCUUGGUGGUGAAGUAGUUCAGUCCAAAUCGAGUCUUUUUCUGAUUUUAAAACGAUCAAGUCAUGAUUGUGGCCUUGUAGUAUUCUGUCGAUACAUGACAUCAACCUGUUGUUACUGCUCACCAUCCAUCCUGUCCGGACCCAACUGUACACCUGAAGCUUCUUACCUCAUCCACAGCUAAUUCCAUUGGGGGUGUGUUGAGUGCAAAAAAAAGAAAAAAGAAUGAAAAAAAGAAAGAAAAAAAUAAAAUAAGUCUUUUUUUAACUUCCAUUUGGUGAGAUGCAUUGUAGCGAUAUGAAUAAAGAAAAAGUUCACCUGGUGUGCUGAAUAAUGUGUAAAUUGGUAAUUACACAAUCUGAAUAUUUGUAUAAUUGUUUGUAUUUUUUCAUAAUGAUUUUGGAAAGGAAUGUGUUUAUUUUUUUGACUUCUGUUCCAGAUGUGUCUUCUGUUGGCCUGACAUUGUGACUGGUCUGGUGGGAUUCUUACCUCUGUAUUGAGCCUCUUCUGUGAUGAAUUCUUUGUAUGCAGUGUUUAGGAAAUACUGUAGGGAACAUGGGGAGGAGUUGAUAUUAGGAGCAUUUGAUCAAUUUGUAUUUAUUUAUUUUAUCAUUUUGUUAAUAAAUUGUGAAAAGCA